AUGCCCAUUCCCAUCCCGGUGCCAAUGCCCGGUCCUAUCUCGGUGGCAGAGCCCGAACCCAUCCUGGUGGCAGACCCCAGUCCCAUCCCGAUAGCAGAGCCCAGUCCCAUCCCGCUGCCAAUGCCCGGUCCUAUCUCAGUGGCGGAGCCCGACCCCAUC